GGCUUAAAGCAAGUGUAUGAAAGAUUGCCCAAAAAUCUGGGAGACCGUUAAAUUAAUUAUAUUUUCUUAUCUACAGUGGCCAAUCCUAUCGGAGAAGAAGGAAGUAUGGGGGUGUUGGUAUGCCUAGUAGUGAUUUCACAGUUCCCAUUCUUCUAUUGGGUAUGGACGUAUCCUCAGACAUGGGUGGAUCUUUGCGGAAAAGGGCGUGACCCAUCUCACGUCAUGGGCGUGGUGUCUAACGUGCUCAAGCUGCUGCAGUUCAUCGCUUUUUACUCGGUAUCCACGCCUUCUUGGCCGCCGCCUCUCUACUUCUGGCCGCUUUUCCUCUUCGGUCAGUUCCUCAACAUCAGGGUAUACCAAUUGUUGGGAGAGUCUGGCGUAUACUAUGGUGUGAGGUUUGGAAAGAACAUUCCCUGGGUGACACAGUUUCCAUUUGGAGUAAUUAGGGAUCCCCAGUAUACUGGCAGCAUUUUAUGUAUUAUCGCUUUCCUGCCUUGGGUUCCCUAUCCAUAUAUUCUCCUCUGGGUCCUCGGCUAUGUGUUUGUGAUUCACGUAGAAUCUAAGGAAGAUCCAGCUACUCGUGCCAAGCCGCUAUCCUGACCUAGCAGAAGAGACUACCUGCUAGCUUUAGCGAGUUCAACAGUUAUACUACUGCUUGCUCCUUCUGAUGAUGAAGAGCCUCUAAACCACAACCAGGCAUGUUCUUUGUGUUUCACAUUUUGGGCUUUUCCUAGUCCUUAUCUUUAAAAUUUACUAAUGUAUGAUUGUGGUCUGUUAUGCUUUUAGCAGUUGAUACUCAAAUCUAAAUCACUCAUCUCUAUUGCACUUUAAAUGCCAAAGAGCCAUCUGGAGUCUGGACUGGACUCUUUUCACUUUCAACAUCACUAUAUAUUAAUAUAUCAUUGUCCUUCCA